CAGGGGGAGGAGAUGGGAGGAGAGGCCGGGGGCGAUGGAGACCGCGAUACAUCAACAGAAGUUUCCCACCUUGGAGUGCUAGGCUCGCUGGCGCAUCUCCCGCACACCCCGGCUCCGCGCAGCAGGAGGGCCCAGGCUGUCCUCCCCCACUCCUCUACUGCUCCCUGCCAACCAGGGGGAGCUUCUGGGAGCCCCUCUCAGAUUGACCUACUUUUUAUGUUGCAUGCAAGGAGAACCAGGGCGAGGGACAACUUGGUGCUCGGGGACUGACCUGCAGCCGGGUCCGCCGAGCCUCUAGGGAGGUAGCGCAGGAGUGGCUGGGGCUGGGGGACUCCAUGCGGGGGCCAUGGACCGAGCGGCGCUCCUGGGACUGCCACGCCUGUGCGCGCUGUGGGCAGCCCUGCUCGCGCUGUUUCCCUGCGGAGCCCAAGGAAACUGGAUGUGGUUGGGCAUCGCCUCCUUUGGCGUCCCGGAGAAGCUGGGCUGCGCCAACUUGCCGCUGAGCGGCCGCCAGAAGGAGCUGUGCAAGAGGAAACCGUACCUGCUGCCGAGCAUCCGCGAGGGCGCGCGCCUGGGCAUCCAGGAGUGCAGGAGUCAGUUCCGGCACGAGCGCUGGAACUGCAGGGUCGCCGCCCCGGCCGCCGCCGCGCCGCUCGGCACUGGGCCCCUCUUCGGCUACGAGCUGAGCAGCGGCACCAAGGAGACAGCAUUUAUUUAUGCUGUAAUGGCUGCAGGCCUGGUGCAUGCUGUGACCAGGUCCUGUAGUGCAGGCAACAUGACAGAAUGCUCCUGUGACACCACCUUGCAGAACGGUGGGUCGGCAAGCGAAGGCUGGCACUGGGGGGGCUGCUCCGAUGAUGUCCAGUAUGGCAUGUGGUUCAGCAGGAAGUUCCUAGACUUUCCCAUCAGAAACACCACAGGGAAGGACAGCAAAGUACUGCUAGCAAUGAAUCUACAUAACAAUGAAGCUGGGAGGCAGGCUGUCGCCAAGUUGAUGUCAGUAGACUGCCGCUGCCACGGAGUUUCUGGCUCUUGUGCUGUUAAAACAUGCUGGAAAACCAUGUCUUCCUUUGAAAAGAUCGGCCAUUUGUUGAAGGAUAAAUAUGAAAAUAGUAUUCAGAUAUCAGAGAAAACAAAGAAGAAAAUGCACCGGAGAGAAAAAGAUCAGAGGAAACUACCGAUUCGCAAGGAAGAUCUGCUCUAUGUCAAUAAGUCUCCCAACUACUGUGUGGAGGACAAGAAACUGGGCAUCCCAGGGACUCAAGGCAGAGAAUGCAACCGCACUUCGGAAGGGGCUGACGGCUGCAACCUCUUAUGCUGUGGCCGAGGAUACAACACCCAUGUGGUCAGGCACGUGGAGAGGUGUGAGUGUAAGUUUAUCUGGUGCUGCUACGUCCGCUGCAGAAGAUGCGAAAGCAUGACUGAUGUCCACACGUGUAAGUAACCCUCCGUCCACCCCUGGGCAAGGACUCCUGAUGUGCCGCGUAUAUGGAUUGCAACCAAGUGUGCACCUUGUACUGGGCAGGGCUGCUGAAGUUGGCUUGUGCAUUGGAAUUCCCUUAUUCUUGGCUGGUCCACAUCCAAUCACACAUCGUUCGUGUGAAUUUCUUGGGAUUCUCAAGUUGAAAAGAUUUGUGUCCAUCUUUUGAUGGGCUGGGGAUAUGCACUGAUAUGUAAGGAAGAGCCCUGAUAGAUAAGGAAGGAGACCUGGUCCAUUUUCAGGACAAGAUCCUCAACUGUGGAAUUCAGUUAUGGAACUCAAGAAUGAUGAUUAUACAUUCGUCAUUUUACAAAGACACCUCUUCUAGCAGCCAGGAGCAAAAACAUGAAUAUCAUUUAUUCUGUCAGUAUUUUAAUUGAAUAACUCAUACUUGUUUGUGUAUAGAUAGACAGAAGAUGUUGGAGAGUUAAUGUAAGCAGGGUGCUUCUUUGCUCAGCUAUGCAUUUUGAAAGCAUCUUCCAAAAUGACACAAUAUCCCUAAAAAGUAUCUGUUAGAGGUGUUUAAUGACAAACUGAAAGAAUAAAAAUGUAAAAUGUGCCAUUUGAAUUUUAAGCGCCUUUAACUGGGAGGAAUUGUCUAGAAAAACUUGUGUAGGUUAUACAGCACUCUUUGCUCUUCAGACACAUAUUUUAUCAUAGACCAGUUUUCAUUGUUAAAAACUCAGCUCUGAGAUACUGGGGAGUGGAAGGAUCCUGAAAACAGUGGGAAAAGCAGAGGUUAGCAUAUAAAGGGCUCCCAUUCAUGGUACAGAAAAGCACCCUUUAAAUGUGUAAUGACAGUAUUUUGUAUAAUAUUUUGACUAAAAGUAAUUAUAUUUUGUAAAUACAAUAUUUAAGUUAUAUAGAUUUAAAAAUCCAGACAUUUAUUGCCAAAGCCCAAGAGCUAAAGCAGUAAGAUUAUCUCAGAAAUAAUUCUUUCAUUAUAUUCUUUUUGUUAACUUUGUAAAGGAACGUAACUGAACACCUACUAUAUGGAUGUGUAUUUCUUGCCAAAAUGACAGUUUUAUAUGUAGAAACUAAAAUAUGUUGCAAAAUAUUGAGAAUUGUAUUUUAGCCAUCAAAUUAAUUGAACUCUCUUUCACAUUAGUUAUGUUUAACUCAUAAAGUUAUUAUAAUAAGUUAUAUAGUAAAGAUUUUAACUGGAAAAACACAUGGCAAUCAGAAUAAUGAUAAAUUUGUGACUUUGAUACCCCAGAUAUUUAUUGUUUAUAAUGCUGCAUUUCCAUAUGAAUGUUUGAUGGUCUUUUUAAAUUUUCAUGCAUGUAUAUUCAUCACUUUUAUGAGAGUCCCAGCGAAAGUGACAGGGCUGUAUUUAAUGUAAAUGCUUAUGUUUUUAUAAACUGUUAAAUAUUUCAAUAUUAUGUAGAAAAAAUAGAUUUUCUAAGUUCAGAAUGGACAAAGAGUGUUUUUCUUAAUAAGAUAAAAUUGUUGCCCCGGCCCCCAAGUCUCCUUCUAUUUUCUUUUAUUAACAGAGACAGAAUACUAACUUGUGAAAAAGAACAAAAUUAUGGAAGACUUCUUAGAUCUAAUAUUAAAGUCAAGACUAAACAUUUAA